GAACUACAUUUCCCAUGAAGCUCUGGGAGCAGAGGGCCGCGGGGUCUGCCGGGAAAGGCUUACGAGCUUAAGCCAAGCGUUAAGGGGCGAGUAUGGCCGUUCCGCGAGUAUUCCCACUUUCCUGUGCGGUGCAGCAGUAUGCCUGGGGGAAGAUGGGUUCUAACAGCGAAGUGGCGCGGCUGCUGGCCAGCAGUGACCCACUGGCCCAGAUCGCAGAGGACAAGCCCUAUGCAGAGUUGUGGAUGGGGACUCACCCCCGAGGGGAUGCCAAGAUCCUUGACAACCGCAUCUCACAGAAAACCCUUGGACAGUGGAUUGCUGAGAACCAGGACAGCUUGGGCUCAAAGGUCAAGGACACCUUUAAUGGCAACCUGCCCUUCCUCUUCAAAGUGCUCUCAGUCGAAACAGCCCUGUCCAUCCAGGCACACCCCAACAAGGAGCUGGCAGAGAAGCUACACCUCCAGGCUCCACAGCACUACCCCGAUGCCAACCAUAAGCCAGAGAUGGCCAUUGCCCUCACCCCCUUCCAGGGCUUGUGUGGCUUCCGGCCUGUUGAGGAGAUUGUAACCUUUCUGAAGAAGGUACCCGAGUUCCAGGUCCUGAUUGGAGGUGAUGCAGCAACACACCUGAAGCAGAGCAUGAGCCGUGACUCCCAGGCUGUGGCCUCUGCUCUGAAGAGCUGUUUCUCCCACCUGAUGAAGAGUGAGAAGAAGGUGGUGGUGGAACAGCUCAACCUGUUGGUGAAGCGGAUCUCGCAGCAAGUGGCUGCCGGAAACAACAUGGAGGACAUCUCUGGGGAGCUUUUGAUGCAGCUGCACCAGCAGUACCCAGGUGAUAUCGGCUGCUUUGCCAUCUACUUCCUGAACCUGCUUACCCUGAAGCCUGGGGAGGCCAUGUUUCUGGAGGCCAAUGUGCCCCAUGCCUAUCUGAAAGGAGACUGCGUGGAGUGCAUGGCGUGUUCAGACAACACAGUGCGUGCUGGCCUGACACCCAAGUUCAUUGACGUGCCAACCCUGUGUGAAAUGCUCAGCUAUACCCCUAGCUCCAGCAAGGACAGGCUCUUUCGCCCAACACGGAGUCAGGAAGACCCCUACCUCUCAAUCUAUGACCCCCCUGUGCCAGACUUCACCAUUAUGAAGAUGGAGGUCCCUGGCUCCGUCACUGAAUACAAGGUCUUGGCACUGGACUCUGCCAGCAUCCUCCUGAUGGUACAGGGAACAGUGACAGCCAGCACACCAAUAGCCCAGAUGCCAAUCCCUCUGCAGCGUGGCAGCGUGCUCUUCAUUGGGGCCAAUGAGAGCGUCUCACUGAAGCUUACUGAGCCGAAGAAUCUGCUGAUAUUCCGUGCCUGCUGUUUGCUGUAGAGGCCACAGCCUCCCUAGCUCUCCUCUGCCAGUCACCCUAAAUUCCAGCCAGCCUCACCUCCUCAGGCUCAGCUCAAGCCCCCUUUCUUGCUCUGGACCCCUUAGGUACACCCUGGAAGAGCUGGGGUGGAGGAGGGAGCCUGAAGGUAGUGACUCCUGACUACACUUGAGCCAGGCUCUUGCCAACUCUGCUCUAGCCUAUGGCUCUAGGCUAGCCAGCAAAAUCUGUGACCCAGCAUUAGCUCAGCAUCUGUCAGAGCAAGAGGUCAGGUAAUUUCCAAGAACAGUGUUCUUACCCUGGGACUACCCAUUUCCUCAGCUGCAGAGGAGGGAAGGGAAAGGGCAGUCCUGUGGACUAACAUUGUUUACACCCUCUUGUUCUGUCAAAGCAAUUAAAAGUCACUUGUGUUGAGGCUGUGGGGUAAUGAGCACUCAGCCUUUGGGGUACCUGUUCCUAAAAUGGGCCAAAGUGCCCUCCUUGCAUGAUGCCCCAGUUUUUGCUUUAUUCCUACUUCACAGUUUCCUGGGGGUGGGUCAACUAUACUCCAGAACACUUGUAUGGGAAGGAGUGGAAGAGGAAGCCAGCUUCAGCCUCAGAGGCACAGCUUGCAAGCAGGCCUUGGGUCCUUCAGCCCUACAGAGAGAAGGUGGCUCAAAGGAUACACCAAUCAUCAGUGCAAGAUUCUUUGCUCCCGUUUUUCAAUUGGCCCUAGAGCAGGGGUCAGCAAACCAGGCUGGCAGGCCAGUUCUGGCCAAACCUGUUCAUUUAUAUACUGUCUGGCUGCUUUCAAGCCACAGGGGCAAAGUUGAAGAGUUGCACUAGACCGUAUGGCCUGCAAAGCCCAAACUACUGAUUGUCAACCCCUUCUCUAGAACAUACUCAACUGUUGCAGAUUACAGGGACUCAGGAACUGAACUAGCCAAUUUUCAUUGUGAGAAGAAGCCCAGUUAGCUUUCCUAAGCUGGCACGAAAUACGUAAGAGGGAAUCUCUCCCAAUGCCCUGCUCCAGGGGUGGGACACACCUGCGAGAGGCUGUUGGCUGUCUGUCGCUGCUCACGUUUCUGACCUGCAAUCGUAGAUACUGUCAUCCGAGACUAAUCAGUCUUAAUCCACUGGCUCCUUCCUGUGAGGUAAAGGUUUAAAUUCAAAGAAAAGAAUCUUUCUGGGCUUCUGCCCACACUAGAGUUCCAGGAAACCACCUUCAAAAAAUCUCCUGUGUUUUUUUUGCCUUCAAAUUUUCUUCAGCUAAAAACAAUAAAGAUGAGCUGGA